GUCCUGUCAUAUGUCAAGCAGAUUCAAGACUAAAAUAUAUCAACUGUGUAUUUUUAAACAGAUCUUUACAAGAAGCAAAAGAAAGAGAACCAGAUGAUAUAGAUCUUAUAGCAGCAAUCUGCUCAGCAAAAAAUUUAGACGAAGAAAUAUUCAAAAUGUUAUUAUUAUUUAGACAAGUAAGAGAAGCACUUUUAGCAGUUAAAGACAACAUCUCAGAUAAGGUUUUACAAAACUGGCGAGAAAAGGCAAUGAUAACUAAACUGAACUCUGGCUCUAUUGACUACUUGGCAAAUAUGAGCUUAAAGGAAAUAACUAGAGAAAAAAAUAAGAUGGAAAUCAUAAAAGAAUCCCCAGAUAUAUUCUUGAUAGAGAAAAAAUCUAAUACAGAGAAGAAAUAA